AUGAAGAGAGUGCUACACGUACAUGGCAUUCAGGCACGUCGGGGAGGACGAGCCUCAGUGAGCAGGAUGAAGGUUGAUGAGUGGCAGGCUGAGGUCAACAGGAUGUGCCUCGCUGCUUUUUGCCUUGAGUCGAUGUAUCGAGCUGUAGAUGAAGCUGGGGAUCCACUCUUUCCAGACUGUAUUAUGCAGAAGCUGUCAGUCUCUAUCAUUGAAGGGGAGCAUUUGGAGGAGCUGCAGCAGAUUGUGUCAAUCAUGGAUCCACAUUUCCAAGUGGAGCAAAUUUCAUUCUGGCAAGAGAACUUACCGCAAACCUCAGCUAGCAAAGAGGCGCUAGAGCAGGCAGAUCGGCAGCUUGCUGCUCUGAGCGAUGACGCUCGUGCAAAGGCGUGGCAGCAUGAUAAACUCAUGCUAGCACGUGAUGUGGCGACCAUCUCCAAGGUCUACGACGCGGUGGAGAAAUCAGCACGCUCCAAGCGUGUCCAGCGCGUAUGCCACAUGCGCAAUGAAAACGCAAUUGGUGCCAGUGUGAUCAGUGGAUACUUAGAGAAGAAUGGUUUGCAUAGAUCCGGGUCUGAAGAGCAAUGUCUCGCCUAUCUGGAGCAGGAGGGGCUCAAUGGCAAGGACCUCAACCAUUGCCUUGACUUGGUCACCGCGCUUUUGACAAAGCAGCCUUUGAGGUCCUUGAGCGAGGCCCAGGAAGCAGCACAGAUCCUGAGCGGGCCAGAUGUUCCGAGGGCGCUCUUGGAGGCUCUACUUGCCAAGGUCAGCGUCAGCAAUCUUGCUGUGGUGAACGCGACGCCCUAUGACGGCUGGUUGGAACGUACAUGCCUCAAGUGGCACUUGGAUCAUGAAGCCUUCAAGGUUGUCCACCUCUCUUUGACAAAGCAGCCGGUCCUGACAGACUAUGUCCAGAAAGUCCUAGCAUUGGAGCUGAUGCAGGCCAUAAGUUCGGUGAGAAGAGCGUGCCAACGCCCAUCGAAGCGCCCCCCGCCACCACCUGAAGAGCCGGCGCCGCUUGAGAAGUGGGAUGAGCCAACCAGCAUGGCACACCUCUUGGAGACCUAUGUGGUGGAGGGCAGGGCGUCACAUGUCAACAUUGAGUUGCCCGUCCACGAAUUCAUCCUCGGCCAUGGCACCUCCCGCUUCUUGAAGCAAGCGAAAGUGGCCGACCUCAAGAGGAAGAGUCAGAAAGGCGAGACAUGGCACACCCUUUUUUCACGGAACUUCAUGAAACAUAUUGGGGGCAUCAGUUGA